UCAGCCUUUAAGAUGGCGUCUCCUCAGGGGGGCCAGAUUGCGAUCGCGAUGAGGCUUCGGAACCAGCUCCAGUCAGUGUACAAGAUGGACCCACUACGGAACGAGGAGGAGGUCCGAGUAAAGAUCAAAGACCUGAAUGAGCACAUCGUCUGCUGCCUGUGCGCUGGCUACUUCGUGGAUGCUACCACCAUCACAGAGUGUCUUCAUACUUUCUGCAAGAGUUGUAUUGUGAAGUACCUCCAAACCAGUAAGUACUGCCCCAUGUGCAACAUCAAGAUCCACGAGACACAGCCACUGCUCAACCUCAAACUGGACCGGGUCAUGCAGGACAUCGUGUACAAGCUAGUGCCUGGCUUACAAGACAGUGAAGAGAAACGGAUUCGAGAAUUCUACCAGUCCCGAGGCUUGGACCGGGUCACCCAACCCAGUGGGGAAGAGCCAGCCCUGAGCAACCUCGGCCUCCCUUUCAGCAGCUUCGACCACUCGAAAGCCCACUACUAUCGCUAUGAUGAGCAGCUGAGCCUAUGCCUGGAACGGCUGAGUUCUGGCAAAGACAAGAAUAAAAGCAUCCUGCAGAACAAAUACGUCCGAUGUUCUGUUAGAGCUGAAGUUCGUCACCUCCGGAGGGUCCUGUGUCACCGCUUAAUGCUAAAUCCCCAGCAUGUACAGCUCCUUUUUGACAAUGAAGUUCUCCCAGAUCACAUGACUAUGAAGCAGAUAUGGCUCUCCCGCUGGUUCGGCAAGCCAUCCCCUUUGCUUUUACAAUACAGUGUGAAAGAGAAGAGGAGAAAUCCUCUGAGUUUCAUCAUGAAGGAGGGCCUCUCUAUGUCCGUGGUCCCUCAGUGAAUUGCCAAAGGAGAGGGGUAGAGGACCCUACACAUAUAAAACUCAGAAGGGCCUCUGAGCCGUGGUGGAACGACUUGGGUCCAGAGAGCCGGAGGAGUCCACUCACCUGC